AUGUCUGUAUCGCGUACCAUAGCAAUUGUUGGCGCAAGCGGACACCUCGGGAAGGAAGUCGCGGGGUCCCUCUUAUCGUCCACUUUUCGCCAGAGCUAUGGAAACGUUCUCCUUCUGACACGGGACCGAGGCGACUCGCAAGUCGCAGCUACUCCGGACGGCGCUGAAACACGGCGCUUCUCCAACGAUGAAUUGGCGGAUGCGCUCCAAGGAGUGGAUGUGUUGAUUAGCACGGUCGGUCCAACAGGACACAGCUUCAAGGACACUCUGGUCGAUGCAAUUGCACAGUCCAGUGUCAAGCUGUACAUCCCCUCAGAGUUUGGAGUCGACCAUACAGUCCAUGAUUUCUCGCAGCCUGAGUGGGAUCAUAAGAAGCAUCAUGACGCAUUGGUGAGAGCUCGCCUCCAGAAGACGAAAGUGUGUCGGAUCUAUGAUGGGCUAUUCCUUGAAGAUAGUCUUGGACCUUGGUUUGGAAUGGACGUCAAGCGUGGUAUCUUCCACAGUGUUGGCUCUGCAGACUCACCAAUAUCUUUCGCUACGAAGGCCGAUGUCGGCAAGGUCGUGGCUCAGCUUGCUAGAAUGCCAUACGAUGAGGUACCCCCGCAUCUGCGCAUCAGCGGCGAUGCGUUGAGUAUGAGGCAGAUUGCGAAGGUUCUUGAGGAUGCUGGGUCUUCUCCGAUUGCCGUCAAGGAGAUUGAGCUCAACGAGUACAAGCGUCGAGCAAUUGCUGAGAAUGUGCCAGAUCCAAUGAAGUACCUGCGGUUCUUGAUGGGAGAGGGCAAGAUCAAUCAUACGGAAUCUGGUUUGGGCAACGAUAAUGAGCUCGUCAAUCCUGGACAAUCUCUGUGGAAGUGGAAGACCGUUUCCGAGUAUGCAAAGGAGGUGAAUGGGAGACCUUGGGCCGAUUAUGAUUGGCCUGCCGAAGGGACUGAUUAG